AUGGCGCAAGCAGCGGAUCAUCAGCUCCUGUCGGGAGUGGUUCGCGGCUUGCAAGCCAGCAGUGCCCGCAAUCGGCAUGGCCAGACGUGGGAGGAGUGGCUGGAGGCGGCGGUGGAAGCAAGGUCUUCCGGCGCUGCCAGGGAUCCAGGAAGGCAUGAGCUCAGCACCUUGAGAGCGUUCCUGGGAGAGUGUGGUGCUGGAGACAUGGGCAGCGAUGUGCUGCGGAAGGAUCGAAAGAGGAGGAAGGCAAUGGACUUCCUGAAAGAAACCCUCGACAAGGAGGGCCAUGUGGGUGCAGAAGGUGUGCCAAGUGCCGCCCGACUGAUGCGGCUGCUCGAGCUCACAAGAGCUCACCCAAACUUCGGCCUGUUCUUUGGCCGCGCCGGUCUUGGUGCUGAAGGCUGGAUGAAGCCGCGGGCAAAGAGUGCUCCGGAAAUUCUCAAGGCGGAGGACGUUCUCCUUGCGGUGGAUUGUGAGAUGGUCUCCACAGAUACUGAGGAAGACGCGCUUGCCAGAGUCUGUGUUUGCAAUGCUCGGGGCGAGCUGCUCCUUGACAGGCUGGUGCAGCCGCAUGGCAGGGUGACGGAUGCACGAACCAGUAUCACCGGCAUUGAGGCCAAGGACCUAGCGACGGUGGACUACAAGCGCGAGGAUGCGCAGGCAGAUCUCCUUGGCCUGAUACAUCCACUGUCUGUCGUUGUGGGUCACACCCUGCACAAAGACCUGCAUGUCCUUCGGCUCGACGUGCCUAUUGUCCUGGAUAUCUCCCUUCUGUAUGGUGUGGAGGGUCAGCCAAAGCGACGACCCUCGUUGGCACAUCUGGUGCAACACAUCCUUGGACAGGAGGACUUCCGUGCCGGUGGAGUGCACGACUGUGCCCAGGAUGUGCUUGUGACGAUGCAGCUUGCCUUGCAGCGCCUGAAGGGCCCGCGCUCCAAAGAGGUUCCAGCAGUUGUGUGGGUGCCCCCGCCUCUGCUGAACGACUCAGACCUGCAGGCAAGGACACUGUACCUACAUCGAAUACCGCGGCGAGCGGAGGCGUUCAGCGCCGUUGCCAAGCUCUUCACCUCCUUGCCCAGUGCUCGCGUAGAGUGCAUCCAAAUGGUCUUACCCGAGGGGCAAGCGGGACAAGCGUCUUCACUACAAGGGGCUCGGGCCGUGUUCUCCUCUGCGGAUGCUGCGGAAGCAACUUUUCUGGCACUCAUCGCCGAGUCCGUCGAGGUUGACAAGGUGCAGAGGCCGCAGAAGAUGGUGCGCAUUCACUUCGAAGACCGCGAUGCCUUGAUCUGCGUUCGGCCAUGUCUGGGUGGAGUUGGCAAGGCCUGCUUGGCAUCCGCUGCAGUCUCCAAUGGUAAGAGACGCUCCGAUCCCGAAGCAUCCGACGUGGCCCCAAAGUCAAAAGCCAAAGCGGCACGCGUUGCCAAGGGCUGGCCGGGGUGGCGGCGGGCGGCCGAGGAGGCGCUCAGGGACUCUGGCGGCUCGGCACGCUGGAAGGACCUGUUGGAGGCCAUGGUGGCGAGGCGCCGUGAGCAGGUCGGAGGCCGGCCCGGUGAAGCAGAGGAGAGCCGACAAGUCCUCGAGCUGCGCGCGCUUGCGGCCUUGCCCGAGGACAGGCUUAGCAGGCUGCAUGAGAGCUUUGCGGUGCUCUGGGAGCAUGGCGAGGAGUCUAAAGUCUAA